UGGAGUUUCCUGAGAUGGUAUUUGGGAGUGGACUCGUCCCUAAGAACAGAUGUCCCAGUGAUUGGCAGUUUUGAUUGUUCUCCAGUUUCACCCAGGCAAGUGAGGAUAGACAACCUAUUAAUCAGACUGGACAAAACCGUUACUGGUGCUGUACCACAGUAAAUGUAAUUUGAAGAAAGCAAGAAAGAACCAAUGGCUUUAGCUGGCUGUCCGGAUUCCUUUUUGCACCAUCCGUAUUACCAGGACAAGGUAGAUCAGAGUUCUACUCACAGUCAGAGUGAGCUAGUGGAACCUGGAUUCCAAGAACAACCCACCCGAGUCGCCUUAAAUCACCAAGAUGAUGACGUGGACUUGGAAGCUUUGGUAAAUGACAUGAACUCCUCGUUUGAAAGUUUGUAUUCUACAUGUAGCAUGCAGUCAGAAACUGCCCCCCUCCUUCAAAAUGGUCAACAUAACCGCAGCCAGCUGCCCACCUCAGGAACAAGUACCCUCCAGCAGCAAGUGUCCCCGAAACAGAAAGUUCAGCGUUCUCAACCCAUGCACAUUCUAGCAGUCAGACGCCUUCAGGAAGAAGACCAGCAAUUUAGAACCUCGUCUCUGCCCGCCAUACCAAAUCCAUUUCCUGACCUUUGCAGUCCCACCAAUUCUGUUCUCACCACAAGCUCUUUACCUCAGAAUCAACCAGCUAGUAAGCAGGAUGUUAAAGUCUUUAGUGAAGAUGGGACAUGCAAAGUGGUGGAGAUUCUAGCAGACAUGACAGCCAGGGACCUCUGCCAGCUGCUCGUUUACAAAAGUCAUUGUGUGGAUGACAACAGCUGGACCCUAGUGGAGCAUCACCUUCACCUAGGAUUAGAAAGGUGCUUAGAAGACCAUGAGCUGGUGGUUCAAGUGGAAAGCACAAUGGGAGGCGAAAGUAAAUUUUUAUUCAGGAAGAAUUAUGCAAAAUAUGAGUUUUUCAAAAAUCCUGUGAAUUUCUUCCCAGAACAGAUGGUGGCUUGGUGUCAGCAAUCAAAUGGCAGUAUUCCCCAAACUCAGCUUCUGCAGAAUUUUUUAAACUCCAGUAGUUGUCCUGAAAUUCAAGGUUUUUUACAUGUGAAAGAGCUAGGCAGGAAGUCCUGGAAGAAAUUAUAUGUGUAUUUGCGAAGAUCGGGACUUUAUUGCUCCACAAAAGGAACUUCAAAGGAGCCAAGACAUUUGCAAUUAUUGGCUGACCUGGAAGACAGCAAUGUCUUUUCACUGAUCACAGGCAAGAAGCAAUAUAAUGCCCCUACAGACUAUGGGUUUUGUAUCAAGCCAAACAAAGUGAGGAAUGAGACAAAAGAUCUGAGGUUACUAUGUGCUGAAGAUGAACAGAGCAGGACGUGUUGGAUGACAGCAUUUAGGCUCCUCAAGUAUGGCAUGCUCCUCUAUCAGAAUUACAGAAUUCCACAGCAGAGGAAAGCCUUACUUUCCCAUUUCUCAACUCCAGUGCGCAGUGUGUCCGAGAACUCCCUCGUAGCAAUGGACUUUUCUGGGCAGACGGGAAGAGUGAUCGAGAACCCUGCCGAAGCUCAGAGCGCAGCCUUGGAGGAGGGGCAUGCUUGGAGGAAACGAAGCACAAGGAUGAAUGUCUUAGGUAGCCAAAGUCCCCUCCACCCUUCCACAUUGAGCACAGUGAUCCAUAGGACACAAAACUGGUUUCAUGGAAGGAUCUCUCGGGAAGAAUCCCAUAGGAUUAUUAAACAGCAGGGGCUUGUGGAUGGGCUCUUCCUCCUUCGUGACAGCCAGAGUAAUCCAAAGGCAUUUGUACUCACACUGUGCCAUCAUCAGAAAAUCAAAAAUUUCCAGAUAUUACCUUGUGAGGACGAGGGACAGAUGUUCUUCAGCCUUGAUGAUGGGAAUACCAAAUUCACCGACCUGAUCCAACUUGUUGAGUUCUACCAGCUAAACAAAGGAGUUUUGCCUUGCAAACUCAAACAUCACUGUAUCAGAGUGGCCUUAUGACCUUGAAUUUGGCUCUUAGUUGAAGACUGGAUUUGCUAGAAGAAUAACUAAGAGAAAGUUAACACUGGAAUGAAUGAACAGGUCUGUAAAAUUGAUUUAAAAAUUAUAUUCUGCACCUCGGGACUCUCAAAGGGAUAGAUUCAGUGGGUACCAACAGACCAAGAUCUCCUGGUUUGACCAACACCUAAGAAUGAUCUGCUGCUGAGUAUCCCAGCAUACCUUCCUUCCCCUUGCCAAAUAAAGGAAGGCAUGUCGAAUUGUGCGCAAAUUUGAGACUAAACUGGAAUGAUCGUCUUGGCUGGGCCACGUAACAGGAACAGGUUCUGAAGAGAAAUCAUUGGAAAAGGACUCUUGCCCUGGAAUAAUCUUGACAAUUAAAACUGCCUAAGUGAACUGUUUGAGAAAGUGGCCACAAGCUUACUCUUCCAGCUCACAACUCACUUGCCAUUUCCCUUUCUGCUGGGUCACUGAGAGAAUACCACCCUAUAACAAACCAACCAACCAAUCCAGUAGAAUCAGCUGGGUUCCAGCUUAGCAAACCAAGGACUGAAGGACAUUUGACUUUUAUUUUUGUAUUUAAAUGACAUGAAUGUAAAGGGGACGCUCAGGGUUGUUUUAGAGCCUAUUAAAUUUUUUUUUUGUCUUUGCCUGUGAUUUUUAUUCUCUAAAUGAAUACUUCAUGUAGCAAUCUUGAAUAUGUCAAGAAGGAAAAUGCCAAACGGUUUUGGUGAUAAAGUUAGUAGUUAAGUUAUGUUACACUAGGUGUUAAAGUACAGAAAGCUUUUAUUUGUUGAACCUUGAAGAAACACGUGCCUCAGUUUAGAUGUUUUGUCUUAUCUUUUCUGCACUAAAUAAAUACCUGACAGUUUGACCAAUCAAUGCACCUUUCCAGUGGCAAGACUUGCUUAUCGUAAAUUAUAUUCGUCACAAUGCAAGAUAUAGUAACUGUAAAAUGGAAUAAAAGUUGAAAAGUUUUCAGGGAAUGCAAAAGGUAUUAACUUAAAGACAAAACCUUUAUUCAGUAUGCUUUGCUUCAUACUGUAAAUAGCUUUUGGGCUUGUGAACCUAAUUGUAAUCUAUCUUUCAGGUAUUUUUGUACAAAUAAGGGACUGAUAUUCUGUUUCUUGUAAUUAGAAAUAAACAUUAAUACAAUGCUAUUCAUUUUA